AUGAAUUAAAAGUUAGGAUAACAAAGUUCUAUAAAUAAUAAUGAGAAUAUUUUGGAGACAAAUGAAAAAUAAUAAGAUUUAGAAAAUAAAAGGUUAUGUACAAAUUGUAAUGUAAAAAUAAAAAAACAGAAUGUGAAACACGAUUAUGUUUAGAUUAGUUAAAUAAAAUAAACAAAAUAGUUCAUUUAAUCAGAUAGAUCUACUUAAUUGUAAACAAAAUUGCAAUGUUUAAAUAAUUUAAAUGAUUCUGUUGAAUAAUUAAGAAACUUUUAUACACAGUAAAUAGAGUAAAUCUCUUAAUCUAUUAAAUCUUGGUCAUAAGAACUUAAAGAUGAAGAAGAUGUGUUUAUAAAUAAGUUAUAAUCAGAUGAAUUAAUAGAUUUCCCUUUAUUUAUACAAUUUAUAAAGGAGUAAGAAUAUGCUUAAAAUAAAGAUUAGAUUAAUAGAAUAAAGAAAAUUAAUCGAUUAAUUAUGGAUUUAAAAGAAACAGAUUUAGUGAAAAAGUGUUAAGGUCUUCUUGAAAACUAUAUAUAUAAUCCUAUUAAAUUAGAAUCAUAUAAUAUAAAGGAAAAUAACAAUAUUGAUGAAGUAUUUUGAUAAAUUAAAAUUAGGAACUUAAUCUGCUUUGUGAAGAUCAUAAUAAAUAAAUUACUUUAUUUGAUUUAAGUGUUGAAAGAUCUAACUAAAAGCGUAUAGGAUGCUUGGAUUGUUUAGAUGGAACAAUAAAUUAAUAUACAUCAUUUAAAAAAGCUUAAAUUAUGUGGCAAUAAGUAUAAUAAAAAAGAAUAGAGAAAAUGAAUAAUCAUGUUGAAAUAUUAAAAAUAAAAUUGAAAUCAAUUAAAGAAUACUUUUAAGCCAUUCAAAAAGGAUUUAAUAGUGCAAUUGAUAAUGCAACAAUCAAGUUUAAUUCAAAUUAUGAAGAUUAUACCUUAUAAGUUAAUUAAAAAAUAAGUAAUUUAGUAAAUAUAUCUUGGCAAUCUAUGACUAAAGAGUAAAUAAUUAUGAUUGCAUAAGAUUUAUGUUAAAUUAAUCAAUCGUAUAUUUAAGAGGAUCCCUUAUUAGAAGAAUAUAAUAUAAAAGAGAAUUUAGUAUAUGAGAUUGCAAAAGAUACAAUGAAAUCAUUGUAAGAAUUAUAAGCAACAUUUUUUGAUUAAAUUAUUUAUUUGAUAAGUAAGUAAUAAGAAAAGAAUAUUAAUAAUUCACUUUAAUUAAAUUAACAGAGCACAAAUAUUAUAGCAAGUUAAAGCACUGAAAUUAUUGAUUAAUUGAAUCUAAAUUCAAUAGUUUUUGAACAUAAAUAAUAGGAAUAGUAAUUAUCAAUACAAAUUAAAAAAGAAAAUAAAAAUACAUAAGAUUAAUAAUAAUAAUUAUCUGAAGCUAUCUCAAAUAAAGAUAAAUAAUAAUAAUUUAAGUCAUUCACUUAUAAAUUUCUCGAAAAAAAUUCAAUUAAAUAAAAUGAAUUCUGUAGAGCAAUAGCAUUCAAUAAAGAUUGUACAUUAGUUGUAGCUGGAUGCAAUAAUCUUAUCAAAGUAUUUGAAUUUAAAUAAAUAAAAUUAAAAUAAAUUUAACUUCUAAGUGAGCAUUAAAAUGAUGUUCAUACUUUAUAUUUCAUGAAGAAGUCUACUCAAUUUAUAUCUGGAAGUGCAGAUAAAUAGAUAAUAAUAUGGUCACUUAAUGUAAAUAAAGAAUGGGUUUGUUAAUAAAAGCUUAUUGGUCAUACACAUUAUAUUAGAUGCAUGAUUUUAAAUGAUAUCGAAAAUCUUAUCAUUUCAGGUAGUCCUGAUAAGACAAUUAAGUUUUGGGUUAAGAAAAAUGAAUGGUAAUGUUAAUAAACAAUUACAGAUCAUACUAGUUGGAUAUCUGGAUUAAGUUUAAAUGAACAAUAGAAUCGUGUGAUAUCUAGUGGAGGAGAUAAAUUAAUAUUAAUUAUGGAGUAGUCCUAAAAGGAUUAAAUGUGGAUUAUAAUAUAAAAGAUUAUAGUUGAAUAAUAUGGUGAUAGAAUAUGCUUUAUUAAUAAUGAUUUAUUUACAUUUUAGCCAUAUUCUCAAGACACUAUGCAUGUUUAUAAAAAGAAUAAUAAUAAUCAUUAGUAUUCCAAAUUAAAAGAGAUUGAUGUAAAAGGUGGCAGUUCUGGUGAUAGUUAUUUAUUCCCUUAAUAAUUUAUUAAAACUAAAAGCCUUCUUGUAAAUAAGAAUGGCUAGAAUAUAAAUAUAAUAAGAUAGAAAGGAGAUAGUGAUUUUAUUAAUGAACAUAUGAUUGAUUUUGAGACUUAUUAUUUAUUUGGAUAAAUGAGUGAUGAUGGAGAGUAUUUGAUGACUUGGGAUAACAAAUCAACAGAAAUUUAAAUAAGAAGAUAUGAUGAAUUAUGA